CGGCGGCGCCUGGAUGCGGACCCGGCCGCGGGGAGACGGGCGCCAGCCCCGAAUCGACUCUCAGUCCCCGACGCGCCCCGCCCGACCCCUAAGAUGAAGAAGGUGUCCGCCAGAGGAACCCGGCUGCUGGCAUGGGUACUGUGGCUGCAGGCCUGGCAGGUGGCAGCACCAUGCCCAGGUGCCUGUGUGUGCUACAGUGAGCCCAAGGUGACCAUGAGCUGCCCCCAGCAGGGCCUGCAGGCUGUGCCCACUGGCAUCCCAGCUGCCAGCCAGCGCAUCUUCCUGCACGGCAACCGCAUUUCCCAUAUUCCGGCUGCUGGCUUCCAUGCCUGCCGCAACCUCACCAUCCUGUGGCUGCAUUCCAAUGCACUGGCCCACAUUGACGCCACUGCCUUUGCUGGCCUGACCCUCCUGGAGCAGCUGGACCUCAGCGACAAUGCUCAACUUCGUGCCGUGGAUCCCACCACAUUCCAUGGCCUGAGCCGCCUGCACACACUGCAUCUGGACCGCUGUGGCCUGCAGGAGCUGGGCCCCGGCCUGUUCCAUGGCCUGGCCGCCCUGCAGUACCUCUACCUGCAAGACAAUGGGCUACAAGCGCUGCCUGACGACGCCUUCCGUGACCUGGGCAACCUCACACACCUUUUUCUGCACGGCAACCACAUCCCUAGCGUGCCUGAGCGCGCCUUCCGGGGCCUGCACAGCCUGGACCGGCUCCUCUUGCACCAGAAUCGUGUGGCCCGCGUGCACCCGCAUGCCUUCCAUGACCUUGGUCGCCUCAUGACGCUCUACCUGUUUGCCAACAACCUCUCCAUGUUGCCCGCCGAGGCCCUGGCACCCCUGCGUGCCCUGCAGUACCUUCGGCUCAACGAUAACCCCUGGGUGUGUGAUUGCCGGGCACGCCCACUCUGGGCCUGGCUGCAGAAGUUCCGAGGUUCCUCCUCGGAGGUGCCAUGCAGCUUUCCUGUGCUCCUGGCUGGCCGUGACCUUAAGCGACUAGCCUCCACUGACCUGGAGGGCUGUGCCCUGACCACUGGGCCCUUCCAUCCCAUCCGGACCAGUGGGGCCACCGAUGAGGAGCUGCUGGUGCUGCCCAAGUGCUGCCAGCCUGAUGCAGCAGACAAGGCCUCGGUGCUGGAGCCUGGGAGGCCAGCCUCAGCUGGCAAUGCCCUCAAGGGGCGUGUGCCUCCUGGUGACAGCCCGCCAGGCAAUGGCUCGGGCCCACGGCACAUCAAUGACUCUCCGUUUGGGACCCUGCCUAGCUCUGCAGAGCCUCCACUGACUGCACUGCGCCCUGAGGGUUCCCAGUCGCCAGGGCUCCCCACCACUGGCCCCCGCCGGCGGCCAGGCUGUUCCCGAAAGAACCGCACCCGCAGCCAGUGCCGCCUGGGCCAGGCGGGCAGUGGAGGCAGCGGGGCAGCUGAUGCAGAGGCCUCGGGCACCCUGCCAGCCCUGGCCUGCAGCCUUGUGCCCCUGGGCCUUGCCCUGGUGCUAUGGACAGUACUUGGGCCCUGCUGAUCAGCCAUCAGCCACCAGAGCCUCUCAGCAGCCAGGUGUGUGUACAUAUGGGGUCUCCCUCCAUGCCGCCAGCCAGCGCCUGGGGAUGGGCCCCAUGGGGCAGGCCAGGCCCUCCCUGAUGGACGCCUCCCCUCUAGCCCAACCCCAUCUCCACCCCAUCAUGUUUACAGGGUCAGGGGCUGCGUUUGUUCCAGAACGCUGUCUCCCACCCGGAUCGCGGUAUAUAGAGAUAUGCAUUUUAUUUUACUUGUGUAAAAAUAUUGGACGACGUGGAAUAAAGAGCUUUUUUCUUAA